CAGCUUUGUUGCAAGCGGUUAUCGCGAUUUCCCUCCAUGCAUUUUUUUUUUUCCUCUUUGCAUCUGCAGGGGCGCAUGGAAUAUCUCGUAAAAUGGAAGGGCUGGUCUCAGAAAUACAGCACUUGGGAACCUGAGGAAAACAUUCUGGAUGCCCGGUUGCUUGCAGCCUUUGAGGAGAGCUCUGUUUUUUGUAACACCUCUAGGGAGCGGGAAAUGGAGCUAUACGGGCCUAAAAAGCGAGGCCCCAAGCCCAAAACCUUCCUGUUGAAGGCCCAGGCAAAAGCAAAAGCCAAAACCUAUGAAUUCCGCAGUGACUCUUCCAGGGGGAUCCGGGUGCCGUAUCCUGGCAGGUCCCCCCAGGAGCUGGGCUCCACAUCCCGAGCUAGGGAAGGACUGAGAAACAUAGCCCUGGCUCCCCAGAGCAGCAGCAGCAGCAGCACCAGCACCCCCAAGGGAGACAGCAUCCGGGACCGGGUUAUAAGAGUGGAAGAGAAGCCUGGGGAGACCCCCAAAAAGAGAGGCCCGAAGCCUAGGAAAGAGCUUUACAAGGACCUGACGGAGACUCUGGAUGCCUCCAAGAGGAAACUGGGGGAGCCGGGGGACAAGGUGGGGGACUACCUCAAAGCCAGGAAGAUAGAGGAGUCAGCCCCGGGGGCGGCCAAGUUCAGCUCGGGACACAGUGUCAUCCAGCUAGCCAGGCGGCAGGAGCCCGACCUCUCCAGUGCCAUGUCCAGCCCCAACAGAAUGGAGGUUGGCAUGAAGCUUGGAGCCGCCGAGACCUACCCUGCCAGGGUCGCCAAGCACAGGGCCGACUUUCUGGACCCCAAGGGGCAAGGAGGAUUGGACCCCGGUGGGCCCAAGAUCCUGCACAGCUCGGUGAGCCCAGGCUCCAUAGGCAGCCUCUACCGAGACGGUGUGGGCAGCCAGGCGGGGAGGCCCUCCCUCAUUGCCAGGAUCCCCGUGUCGCGGAUUCUGGGCGACCCCGAAGAGGAGUCCUGGAGCCCGUCCCUCAACAACCUGGAGAAGGUGGUGGUAACUGAUGUGACAUCUAACUUUUUGACCGUCACAAUUAAAGAGAGCAGCACGGACCAAGGAUUCUUUAGAGAAAAGCGAUGAGUGU